CUAUGUCACAUCAGUAACCAUGGCGACGCCCCUCAGGUCUGGUUUCCUGCCCCGCGCGAUGCUCGGAACGUGAGUGGAAACAAAUGUUAACAAUCAGCAUCUGUGAUUUCGACAGACGACGAAAGAGGAGCCACAACCUGUGUGAGGCCAUGAAGCCACAGUGAUCUGACGGAGACCGCGAAGACAAAGGAAGAUAACGAGUCCGGAACCAGGUCUCAGAGUCAGAGCCGAGCCUCAUCAGCGUGGGUCCAACCCGGAGCAGGCGGUGGGGGCUCGUUCAGCCCAGAAGAGGCGUCAACGCUGAGAUGAAGGACUGUGGCUCAGAGCGUCAGACUGAUCCUGGCGACGCCGCGAAGCGCAGUUUGCGUAAAAGCGUUGUUUCUUUCUUACUUUUCAACAAACGUAUUCAUGUUUCGACGGACCUACGCGACGUGGUUAAGUUUAGCGGAUUAACUCCUCAGCGGACUUUUGACGCAGAGCGACUGUCCUGACUGCGCCGAGUCCGACGCUCCGACGCUCCGACGCGCAACACGCGGCACCGAGCUCAGUAACCGAGCGGAGAGGGAGACGCGCCGGGUUCGCGGAGGCGCGCGAAGACGCGCGGAGAUGCGCCGGGUACGCGGAGGCGCGCGAAGACGCGCGGAGACGCGCCGGGUUCGCGGAGGCGCGCGAAGACGCGCGGAGACGCGCCGGGUUCGCGGAGGCGCGCGAAGCCACGCCGGGCACGCGGAGGCGCGCGAAGACGCGCCGGACACGCGGAGGCGCGCGAAGACGCGCCGCGCACGCGAAGACGCGCCGCGCACGCGGAGCCACACGUCGCUGUGGAUUCAACUAUGGGACCACCUUCAUCAGAACGCUGUGGAGGUUCCAGUGAAAGCCUUUAAAAUGCGCCGUGCGCUGGCGUUUCUGCUCGUGGCGCUGUCUCCGCUCCUGCUGGAAUGUAAACCGACGUGUCAGGCGGCGAAUCAAAGUGGUUUGGCUGAAGGCCUGUGCCCCGUUAAACUGAGCCGCGUUCCGUCCGACUGUGUGACCGUGCGCGUGUGGAUGACGGCUGACGAGCUGCAGAAGGAGCCGCGGGUCGACGUUCUGUCAGCGAUAAAUGAAACCUUCAGGCCCGUGAGGGUGAAACAACCUCCGCCGGCAGCGGCCGCACGUCACAGAGUAGAGCGGGUCAGCUGCUCCGACCCCCGCAGCGAGCCGCUGUGGGAGUUUGUGUACGAAUGCGUUCGAGCCGCAGCGGACGGCGCCGUCUCCGUGUCCUACAGCGCAGCAUCGACGCGCUGCACCGUGUCAGAUCUCACACCAAAUUUCGCCGUGUCUGUCGACGCCCCGUCUAAGUCCAUCACCGUCACCGUGGCGCCGGGGAGGAAGGUGCACGUGCGCCUGUGUUUCCAGGGAGCCGAUUCCUGCAGCGAAUUGCCGUCUCAGCCUUUCGCCACGGUCGACCCGUCCUCGUCUCCGUCCGUGCGCUUGGUCGCCCCCUACCUGCCGCCGUGUCUGUGUGUGGAGGUUUAUUACACUGACCUGGACGCGAGCCGGAGGAAAAAGUGUGUCAUCUCAGCGGAACUCACAGACGCCGCAGACGUGUUGCGCCACGCCAGGCAGGAGCUCUUCGAGUCCAGCCUCCGCUGGCUCUCUGACUGCGCCCUCAAGGAGCUGCCCGCGAGGCCCUCUGCCUCCCUCUGCUGGCGGAACGCGCGCGUCUGCACGCCGCUGCCCAACUCCACGCUGCAGGAGAGCGGCGGCGACGACGGCGACUACAACACCCUGAUAUUCAACACGUCUGCAGUGGACAAACACCCCCAGAUGUGUGUCGUGUUUUCUCUACAAGGCAGCAAGAAUGAGUCGUGUCCGUUCCACAGCGACAUGACGUCCUGGGAGGUGAGCGUGGGACGGGGCCGACAGAGCCUGAGCGUCCACGUGGCGUCUGAGGAGCCGGCCGGCUUCUCCGCUCAGCUCUGUGUUCUGGAGGAGACGGGCUGCACGGCCACGGGCCCGGUCCACGUCCUCACGGAGGACGCACAGGUCCAGGUCCCGCCGCGCCUCGCUGGGACGCCCUGUGUGCAGGUGUGGCAGUCACGUCCUGCUCUGAACGGAAGGAGAAUUCUGUGCCCAGACUACACGCACCACAGGUGGGGCCUGUGCGCCGCCGCCGCCGUCGUUGUGCUGGUCCUUGUGCUGCUGGGAGUGUUCUUCCAGCGACUCACCAGGACCGGAGCUGCAGGUUGGCUCUACAUCCACACGCCCGUGCUGCUGGUGUGCUCCUCCGAGCAUCCGGCCCACGUCUCUGCCGCCUGCGCCUUGGCCUCCGUCCUGCAGGGGGAGCUGGGAGCCAGGGUUCACGUGUCGCUGUGGGCCCAGACGUCGCAGAGGCGGGCCGGGCCCGGCGUGGCCGACCUGGGGCCCGUCCCCUGGCUCCACGGCCAGUGGGAGGCCGUGCGGAAGGCGCAGGGCACAGUGCUGAUCAUCUGGAGCCCUGAGGCCAAGGACGCGUACGGGGCGGCGGCCGUGGAGGAGGGCGAGGACGCCGGAGCAGGCGUGGACGCGGGUCAUGAAGCAGGUGAAAAACUCUUACGAUGCAACGAGGAGGAAGCGACCGGGAGGAAGGACUGGGAGGCUCCCGGGUCGACCGCGGUGACGGGGACGGUGUUUGCAGCGGCCCUGUUCCGCCUGCAGGGGGCGCUGCGGCGCUCCAAGGCUCCAGGAGUGGCCAUCGUGUACUUCCAGGGCCUGGGCCACGGCGGGGACAUCCCCCGGGCCCUGAGGGUGCCCCGCUACUGCCUGCCGCAGGACUUCAGGGGUCUGAUCCAGGAGCUGGAGGGCGCGAGAAGCCCGCUGGCGCGGCGCUGCUGGCCCAGACUCCUGUCCAAAGUGCUGUCUAUAUGGCUGGCCCAGAAGCUGGCCAGCAGGCUCCAAACGCUGCUGCCCCGGAGCGGGCUGGACCCGGCAGAACCGGAGCCGGCAGAACCGGAGCCUCGGCCCGAGCGCCCGCUCGCAGCACGCCGGCCUUCGUCUCAGGUUCCCUGAGUCCGAUCGGGGCAGACUUUUGUUCCGAUGGCAACGCGACACCUCUGAUACUGGAGCUCGUGUGACCCGACUGAUCCGACCGCUCGCAGUAAAAAUGACUCGUUACUCGACACCGCGGUGAUUAAAAUGCCACCACGCUUUGCAUACGAAGAAGAAACUCCUCGUCGUGGCCUCUGACUGACUCAUUAUGUCGACUUCGUGACUGGGACUGAACACCUGUCUUAUCUCCCUGUAAAUGUGCCAACUGCUAUGAAAAUCUAGUUGCAAAUAACAUUUCACUUUGUUCGUCGGUGAAUUUCUGUUUGACGGUGUCGUGACAGAAGAACUGUGUGACCGUUGUUUACAGCAUGACGCAUUUGCAUAGGUGGACGGCAGCGACACAGCGCGGAUGCCAGAAGCCUCAGGAGGUGAUUGACGCUGGUAAAUCUUUGUGGGACUGAUAGAAAACUGUCCAUCUGCAGCUCUGCACCAAAUAUUUACACUCGCAGCCACGGAAAGACAAAGUAUUGUUUUUUCUCCAGCUCAUUCUGCACCAGUUCAUUCAGCAAACACCACUAAACGCGACCACUGUGUCCUCAAACAUGACGCCGUUUCCCAACCAGACAAAGACAACCAGUAUUAUUCAAAUAACCGCAACGGCAAACUGGCUGUACAGAGGUUCCCUCGAAAUCUCAGAGCUUUAGGGUCGUAACGCGCCGCCUGGGGUGCUUUCCCUAACGCGGGCUGAUUGCACCAAUCCAACCAACUUCAACGGCAAAUGUUAUGCAAAGGAAGCUGAAACGGCAGCUUGUCAUCAUUAGAUAAUUAGAGGAACUCUGAACGGCCUCAUCAACGAGGUAUUGGCCUCAAACGCGCUGAGGUCAAUAAUAAAAACCUCUUGUGAGCGUCCGUGUUUAGCAGCCGUGUUACUUGUUUUUUAGCGAGUCCAGACUUGUCUGACAGCGUUCAUCAGGAAGAGAGUUGGAAACAAAACCUCAUCAUUUCUUCCAUAAACAUCCAUCAAACGUGAUGUUUAGGGUGGAAGAAGUGAGUCAUGGCUCUAGGUUGCUUUAAAUUCAGCUACAGCUGUGUUGUAUAAUAUGUGACAUAUAUAACAUCAUGUCGUG